AUGUCUCUCACUACUACGGCACCGCUGAGCUUGCCCCCUCACGCUGAUAGACACUUCCAGUCGUCCAUGUCCUAUCCCCCCGCCGAAGACCGCGCGUACCAAGGCUACUACGGCCGUCCGAGCUCAGCACACGGCACCCAGCAACCUCCGGACGCGCCCUCUCCUCAACGACUCCACUCCGCCGGUUCUGGUGCAACCUACCCCCGGAACGCCCCUCCGCAUUCUCCUUACACUCCCCACGAGGUCGCCCCGCCCGGAUCAUCCCACGGUUUGCCACCGCCCGUCACUCCUGUGAACCCUUCCUCUGCUCCCUAUCCUCAGCAGCAGCAGACUUAUCCCGCCAUGCCACCUAACCAGAGCAACCAGGAGAACACCUCCCCCAACAACAGCCGCCCAGGCACCGCCGAUUACACCCCAGAUGGUGCCCCGAUUGUCCCCGUCGGUAUCAGCGGUGGCAAAAUGUUCCGCUGCCGUGGCUUUGGAGAAUGCAACAAGGUGUUCACACGCUCUGAGCACCUUGCUCGCCAUGUUCGUAAGCACACUGGCGAGCGACCCUUCCCUUGCCACUGUGGAAAGGCUUUCUCUCGUCUGGACAACUUGCGCCAACACGCUGCCACUGUCCAUGCAGACCAGACCCAGUUAAACGAGGCCAUGCUUGCGCAGCUGGCGCAGGUCCAUGCGACCCUCUCGCAGCGUGCCAACCGUGAGCAACGUCGCCGCGGUGAGGUUGUUGAGGUUCCAAAGAACGCUGUGGAGCGCCCGCGCGGCGAGCGUGGACCCAAGGGAGGUCCCCCCAACGCUGCCGCCAUCCCUCCCGGAGGGCAUGCCUACCCAGGCAACGGAGCUCCCGGCUACAACCAGCCUCCUCACCAAUGGGGACCGCCGCCUGCCGACCACGGUCGCCCCCGCACCUCUGGCAGCUGGGUUGAGUACCCUGGAUACGUCGCGGCACCGGGGAGCGUAGCCGACGCCCAAUGUCGGCCACGACCGAACACGCCUACCCCGCCUAACUACGAGCAAGGACCUCCCGGAUCGGCCCACGGUCGACCUGCAACUGCUGCUCCACCUGGUACGUCUGGCUCUGACGAUUCUGCGCAAGUCGUCCCUCCCUAUCGCCCCCUGUCCUCGAGUGGAGCUGCUGGUGGUCACUACGCGGAGUCUGAACCUCCGUCUUCUGCCCACGGUCCUCCUCCCCACUCGCCCAUGUACCCUCCCAAUGGUGCCGUACCUGGAUCACAAGCGGCUUACCCCUCAGCGGACCCCAACCUCUACCCCCAGGGAACCGUUCCCCCCGAAGGUUCGCACCCAUACCCUCCCGGACACGACCAGGGAGGCUACGGUCCUCCUCCUCCCGGAUCUUCUGGUUCCUACUACUACCCUGGCCAGCAGGGCGGCCACUACUACGGCCAACAGUCGCCUGCGGCUCAGGCCCAGGCGACUUUCUCGUCUGUUCCUCCAGGCACUACACCGACACAGCCGUACCCUCCCGGGUACAACGGUCAGGCUGGUGACUCUCCCUUCCAGUAUAAGGCCCCUGGACCAUACCCUGGUUACCCCGGGUACGACGGAGGACGGAAGCGCCGAGCUGAGGACGACGCCAAUGCUGCGGAUGGGCGCAAGCACCCUCGUUCCAGUGAUGGUGGACCUCCUACCGCCAUCUCUGCACUCUUGGGAUCUCCGCAUCAAGACACUCGAUCGCGCCCCUCAACGGGUGACGUUCCCCCUGCACCCGUUGGGACCAACGUUCCGUUCCGCCCCGAAGACGAGAAGAAGGCGGAGCAGGCCUAG